ACCAGGUCUAGUACACUACUUUCUCCAACGCAAUUGUCUUCUUCACAUCCAACAUCGCUGUCUAAGUUAUUGUACGCCUUCUCUCUCUGCUCGUUUUCCCUUGUGGUCCUUCCUCUCCUUACAUCUCUCUUUUCGCUGUCUGGGGUUAUAAAUUCAUAUAUCUUAUUUAUAUAUAUAGGACUUGUAGUACUUGGUCUUUCUGCUACCAGCUCCUCUUCUUCUUCUUCUUCUCCUCCUCCUUUUGAUCUACUUCUUCUCCUUCUUUUACCUCCUCUCGAGUACUUUUUCCUCACAAGUUGGCUCUUAUGUACGUGCCCACUUACCUGUUUUAGGUUAAUAUUUCUCCUUCCCAGCUAGCUAUAUAUAUAUAUUAAUAUUAAUAUAUAAAGCCCAGUAGCAAGUCUGAUCAUCGAUCUCUUUAUAUAUAUAUAUAAAACCAGCUGUAGCUAACAGUCUAGAUAUAUAGCUAGAGAUCAUGUCUAGCAGAAGGUCGAGGCAGUCUGGAACUCCAACGAUCAAAGAUGACCAAAUCAUUGAACUUGUCUCCAAAUUACGCCAACUGGUUCCUGAGAUUCGUGAUAGGCGCUCCGACAAGGUAUCAGCAUCUAAGGUCCUACAAGAGACUUGCAGCUACAUCAGAAACUUACACAGGGAGGUUGACGACCUAAGUGAGCGGCUCUCCCAACUGCUCUCGACAAUUGAUGCUGAUAGCCCGGAGGCCGCCAUAAUUAGGAGCUUGAUUACGCAGUAGAUGAUCAGCUACAUCAUGAUCAUCAGACCCUUAAUUAUAUAUUUAUAUAUAAUUGUGUUUUGAUGAUGAAUUUAUAUAGUUAAAUUGUGUUCAUCUAGGUUAUCUGGUCACCAGAUUAUUAAACAAGGCCAGUUAGCUAGGGUACUCAGCAGUACUGUAUGUAUUUAAAGAUGUCCUGUCCUGUCCUGUCCUGUCCUGUGUUGUUAAUUAGAGCGAGGGCCUAGUAAUAUGUAUUCAAGUUUGUUCAAUAAAUUAAGGAGGACUUGGACUACUACAGCAAGUCUUUAUGCACUUGCUAGGCUAGCUUCAUUUCAUUGAAACUA